AUGCUGGAUAAUAGUUAUAUUGAGAAAUAUAAUAAGAGUAUUGGAAGGAAAGGAAAAAAUAAGGAUAAGAAAACCAAUGAAAAAAAUGAAAAUGAACAUUCAUCUAUCGAUUCUACAGAUAUUAUUCCAUCAACUUUAUUGAAUCAACUUCCAACAUGUGUGAGAUCAAUAUCUCAUCCUAAACAACAUUUACUAUCAUCAGCAGCUUCACUUAUUUCAUCCGAAUCACACUCUAUUCCAGAAACUUUCUCUUCUACUUCAGAUAAUGCUUUGAGUCUCAUCAAUACGAUAAAUAACUCAAUAUCUACAACAACUUCAAGACAAUCUAAUAACAAAGACAAAAAGAAUAAAAACCAUUCCAAAAAGAACAGAAGAAAUGGUAAUAACCCAAUCUCAUCAGCCAUGCUUACAGAAGAUGGGCUUUUAAUUAAAUCUAACGAACAAAAUACCAAAAAAAAGAAUAGAUCUACUACUCCAUAUUCAUUAAUGAAGAAUCAUAGUAAUUCAAACAGCAUAGUUACAUUAGACACAAGUACAACAAGCUUCCGUAGUAGUACAGAAAGCCAAUUUGAAACGGCCUCUUUAAUUAGUUGUGUUACAUGUUUAAGUGAUACACCAGGUAAUAACAGUAGUAGUUUAAAUUCAACAAUAAGUAGUAAUAUUAAUGAAAAUGGCAACGCAAAUGACGCCCAUAAUCAUCAUCGACAUCAUACAUCGUCAAUUAAUGGGCAAUUACCAAAUAAUGUUGUCAUACCAUAUGGUAGAAUAUUGAACGCAAAAUAUGUCGAUGAAAUGGAUAAAGAGAAUCGCUAUAAGAUACCAAAAAAUGGUUCUAGAUUAGUGGAGAUAACCUUUGCUAAACCAAGGAGACAUGAUGUUAUACCGAAAUGUCUAACAUUAUUAAUUGAACCAUUAAAUUCACAAUCACAUACAUAUCUAUAUUCACAAACGCAAGCACAAACACGAGAGGAAGAAGAAGAAGAAGCUACAAGUAUGGAACAUGACAUUAUUGAAGAAAUAUUUAAAAGAAGUUAUAAAAAUACGAAAAGGAAAAGAUCAAUUUUAGUUAUAAUAAACCCAUUCGGUGGUAAAAGAAAAGCCAAAAAAUUGUUUAUGACAAAGGCAAGGCCAUUAUUAUUAGCUAGUGAUUGUUUCCUUGAAGUUCAUUAUACUAAGUAUGUUGGACAUGCGAUUGAAAUAGCUAAGGAAAUGGAUAUUGAUAAAUUUGAUACUAUUGCAUGCGCCUCAGGUGAUGGUAUACCUCAUGAAGUUAUAAAUGGAUUAUAUCGUCGAGAAGAUCGUGUUAAGGCAUUCAAUAAAUUGACCAUUACUCAAAUUCCAUGUGGAUCUGGUAAUGCUAUGAGUGUUUCUUGUCAUUGGACAAAUAAUCCAUCAUAUGCUACAUUAUGUUUGAUUAAAUCUGUAGAGGUUAAAGUUGAUGUUAUGUGUUGUUCUCAACCAUCUUAUGUAGAUGAGCAUCCCAAAUUAUCAUUUUUAAGUCAAACUUAUGGUGUUAUUGCUGAUUCAGAUAUAAAUACUGAAUCAUUUAGAUGGAUGGGGUCGGCAAGAUUUGAAUUAGGUGUUGCAUUUAAUAUUUUACAAAGAAAAAAAUAUCCUUGUGAUAUUUAUGUUAAAUAUGCAGCUAAAUCUAAGAAUGAAUUAAGAUCAUAUUAUUUAGAGCAUAAAAGGAAGAAUCAUGAUUAUUUGAAUGAUUCAUAUAAUUUUCGAUAUGAACUCGAAGAACAACAAACGGGUUCAAUAUAUGCAAACGAUGAUGCCAUUAUUGACGGUAUGACUGAUAUUGAUGAUAAUUACAAUGAUGAACAUGAUGAUACCGUUACUGAGGAAGACUUUAAAAUUAAAUAUCCUUAUAAAGAUGGUAUUCCUGACGACUGGGAAAGGAUUGAUUCUAAAAUAACCGACAAUUUAGGAAUAUUUUACUCUGGUAAGAUGCCAUAUGUUGCAGCUGAUACGAAAUUUUUCCCUGCAGCUUUACCAUCUGAUGGAGCUAUCGAUAUGGUUAUUACAGAUUCAAGAACACCAUUCACUAGAAUGGCGCCAAUAUUAUUAGCUUUAGAUAGAGGAACUCAUGUUUUGCAACCGGAAGUUUUGCAUUCUAAGAUUAAAGCAUAUAAAAUUAUACCUAAAGUUUCCAAUGGAUUAUUUGCCAUUGAUGGUGAAAAAUUUCCCUUGGAACCUUUACAAGUGGAAAUUAUGCCCAAAUUAUGUAAGACAUUAUUGAGAAAUGGUAGUUUUGUUGACACAGAAUUCGAUUCCAUGUAA